AUGGUGACGGUUCUACCGCCGCCUUGCCUGCCCCGGACCAGGACGAGCGGAGCCCAGCGGCGCGGCGGGGACCGGGACAUGGGGCUGCGGGGGGCCGCGGCCUGCGCGCGCUAUGAACCAAUAAAGGCGGCUGCUCCCAGUGCUGGUCGCCCCCGGGGGCCGCACCCGCCGCCCGUGCCGGCCUGCGCGGUGGAGCAAGAUGGCUUAUUGUUGCACCAGCCAGAUCAGCCCAACAACCCCAAGGUGCUUAGGAUUGCCAUCCUUGGGGCACCGAAUGCCGGGAAAUCGACCCUCUCAAACCAGCUGCUGGGCAGGAAGGUGUUCCCAGUAUCCAAGAAGGUGCACACCACGCGAUGCAAUGCCCACGGCGUCAUCACAUAUGAAGACACUCAGCUGAUCGUUCUGGACACACCUGGCCUCACCAGUCCUCAGAAAGCCAAAAGGCACAGUCUGGAGAAGUCCCUCAUCACUGACCCAUGGGACAGCAUGAAAUAUGCAGACUUAGUUCUGGUUUUGGUGGAUGUGUCGGAUCACUGGACACGGAACCAUCUGAGUCCCCAUGUGCUGAAGUGUCUUUCUAAGUUUCCACAGAUUCCUAGUGUCCUGGUCCUGAACAAGGUGGACCUGCUGAAGAAGAAGUACCUUCUGCUGGACCUGGUAGCACAGCUCACUGAGGGAGUAGUCAAUGGAAAGAAGCAGAUAGUGAAACCACUGCUUAAACCUCAUUCGUGUUCCACCAAAAGCAACCCCCUGCAGGGUGCCCAGGCUUCUCUGCCUGAAAAUGCAGCCAAAGAGUCCAGUUACCCACCGAAGGCUGGUCAAGUCCAGCUGGACUCUGGCUUAGAUGCUGAUAGCACUGUCAGGUCCUCGGGGCUUCUCCACACUUUGGAGGGCACAGAAGAAGUGCCUGUGCCAAGCCCCCCUGUGCCUGGAGGCGUGAAGAACAGGAAAGGCUGGCCGCACUUCCGGGAGGUCUUCAUGCUGGCGGCUCUCCAUGCCGAUGAGGUGGAUACGCUGAAGAGAUACCUCCUGCUGCAAGCCAAGCCAGGCCCGUGGAAGUUCCACAGCAGGGUCUUGACCAGCCAGUCCCCUCAGGAGAUCUGUGACAACAUCGUCCGUGAGAAGCUGCUGGAGUACAUGCCGGAGGAGGUGCCUUACGCUGUGCUUCAGAAGACAGAGAGCUGGAGUGAGGGCCCAGCUGGGGAGCUCGUCAUCCUGCAGAACCUGCUGGUCCAGAAGAUGACGCAUAAGAACAUGCUGAUCGGCAGGGAUGGUGCUAUAAUCAGCAGGAUCGCCCAGGAGGCUGGGAAUGACCUGUCGGACAUCUUCCUCUGUGACGUCCACCUGAAGCUCAGCGUGAUGCUGAAGAAUUGAGCUCUUUCUUUGGGCAGGGCCAGCUUGUGUGGUGUGGAGCUGCCGAGACUCGUGAAUAAAUCCAAGGCAAUGGAGUAGAACGCGCUGCUUUGGCAGAAUUCCAGACUGAGAAGAGAUUAAUGCUGAGACCUGGGCAAAUCUUCAGGUCCUGCCUCUUACCCUUGCAUCAUCUAGUGGACAUGGGAUGUAGGUAGAAGGAGAAAGGAACCAAGAACAAAAAUCAAGUUUCUGAGGCCUGGGUCUCCAUAGCAGGCAAAGGUGGGUAGGCUCCAGCAUCUGCCUGGACCCAUGGGCACACAGCUGCUUGUAAAUUGGUGCUCGUCUUGCUUGCAGCCUGUCCGAGGCUCCCUAUGCUGUCAAUGUCCACUUAAAAGACGAAAAGGUCCAGCCUUCUUCCAGCAAGAGCUUGAAACACUUCCUACCGUGACUGGAGUUCUAGGGGCUCAGCCAUGAGCAGGCUGAGCAAGUGGUGUGGGCUGGGCACUGUCUGUAUUGUGCUUUGGAGCCCUUCUGCCCAGAAGGGGCUGCAUAAAUACACUUGUCCUUUGACAUUAAACAACCCUCUUUUUA